AUGCUGGCCCUGUACUUGGAUGAAGCCGAACAAAACACUUGGGAUGAACUGCUCCCCGAACUUUCGUUGACCAUAAACUCGGACAUUUCGGACACAACAGGGUUCAGCCCCGCCUUCAUCAUGCAAGGGAGGGAACCGAGACUACCCAAAACCCUAUUCGAUCAAGCCACACCUGACCACACGUCGAAUCAACCACCACCCGGAGAAAAGGCAGAGCAGAUGCGGGAAUUGUUCCGGAUCGUCAAGGACAACAGCGAGCGAGCAUCGGACGAACAGAGACGACACUACAAUCUCAGACGCCGGGAAUGGCGACCCCCCGUGGGAUCACUAGUACUUCUCCGCCGUCACGUGUUAUCGAAGGCCUCAGAGGGAUACACCGCAAAACUUGCGGCCAAAUACGACGGACCAUACACUGUGCACAAGUUCCUGUCUCCUAAUCCUUUACAAUUACAGGUUCCUGGGAGUCGACGGCGACGUACAGUCGGCCUAAGUGACAUAAAGGAAUAUCACGACACCGACGACGACGAGCACCCUGAUGCCAUCGAGAAAGCCACGUCCUGA